AUGGGUCCCUUCCCACCCUCUUUUGGGAAGCAGUACAUCUUAGUGGCAGUGGAUUAUGUCUCAAAGUGGGUGGAGGCCGUGGCCCUACCAACUAAUGAUGCUCGAGUGGUGAUUAGGUUUCUAAAGGAGACUAUCUUUGCUAGGUUCAGAGUACCAAGAGCUUUAAUAAGUGAUGAAGGAACACAUUUUCUGAAUCAUCUAAUGGAGAAGCUCCUCUUGAAAUAUAAUGUGAAGCAUCGAAUUGCGACUCCGUACCACCCUCAAACUAGUGGGCAGGUGGAAGUGUCAAACAGUGUGCUACUGGUGAAGGUGAAAAAUUCGAAUGGGGUAACAACUAAGGUGUUCAACUGUGGACGUGUAAAGAGAAAAAUGCAAGACAGAACAAGACAACACGGCCGGCCGUGUGGGCUAGCACGGGCCGUGUUGCAUGCUUACCAUUUUCCCCAUACAUUUUCCAGAGGAGCAACACGGGCAGCCGUGUGUGCCAGCACGGGCCGUGUUGCUCAUAUGGCUUUGUCCCCAUACAUUUUCCAGGGGUGCAACACGGCCGACCGUGUGGGCUAG